AUGGCCAACGAAUGGGUCGAGGCUGCUGCCCCUCUACAACCACAAUCAAUCCAGCUAGCACCCCUGGAGCAAUAUUCCCCCCGGCUAUUUAUUAGCGCUGUUCUGUGCUUUCACAUUCCACCCUCCUCCCCCUUUUUUGCUGAAGACAUCUAUUCGCGGUUGCGAGUCGGCCUGAGCCGAACCCUGGUCCAGGUUCCUGUGCUGGCCGGGCGAAUAUACAACAGCGCCGAAGCCGAUGGGAAAGCGACCAUCCGAAUCCACUCAAACGCGAGGGUGGAGUUUUCCUUCCGGCAUUACACUAGCGGGGACCUGCUUGCGCCGUACAGCUUUGCGCGCCUGAAAGUCCAGCAGUUCCCGAUUUUUAGUCCGACCUGCCUAACAAUUGACCUGUUACCGGUGUCGCCAGUGGUCGCCGACGACAGCCCAGUUUUCGUGGCUCGCGCGAGUUUUAUUGACGGUGGCCUCCUCCUGGCCUUCGGCGUGUCCCAUGCCAUCGCAGAUGGGACUUCUGUCGGGAUUAUUCAGAAGAUCUGGGCUCACCAUACGCGCAAUGCAAAGACGGCCAUGCCCAGUGUCCUCUCUCCGUUGCCUUUUGAUAAGGAUCGUGCCCGGCUCUUUCACGGAAAUAAUCAUGGUACUUUAUCAGCGAUGAGCCCUUGGAGAAUCUGCGACCGAUCCUGGAACGCGCCGCUGAGCUUAAAAACGCUCGAAACAGCCGCGGCGACACAACUGCCCCAGGAUGCUAGCUGGUCCAUUGGGCCCCACCGCAGCAAGGCAAUCUGGUGCUUCAGUCCCGAGAAGCUGCAAGAGUUAAAGCAAUGUGCAUCGACCCAGGACCCUAGCCAAUGGAUCUCGACCUAUGAUGCCGUGGCGGCCUUGAUCUGGCAACGAGCCGCCAUCGCCCGGCGGUUGGGCAGUCGUGGGUAUCUCACCGCAAGAUGCUGCAUCCCCGUUGAUGUACGCCAGCUCCUGCACCCCCCUCUGCAUUCUGAAUUCGUGGGGAACGCUGUGGACACCAUGUUUGCUGAGCACCCAACAUCUGAGCUCAAGCGCCCAAGCCUUGACCUCUUGCCGGCGCUGGCGCAGAAGAUCCAUAAUGCGCGACGGAACUGGCGUCUUUCCGACUGGCAGUCCCUGGUGGGAAUUGUGGGCUCUCUACCGGCUCAUCAAACGCUGAGCAUGGACUUCUUACCCGGGGAUGACCCGAGCAUUGUCGUCAUCGACGCGUCGAAGUUGCCCUCCUACCAGCUCGACUGGGGAGAAGGGCUGGGUUUGAUCCAUCAUUUCCGAGCACUAGAUUUAGAUAGCGACGGAUCCAUCUCCCCGGUCUCAAUCGCCUGCAUACUCCCAAAGCGACCGGAUGGUGGACUGGAGGUAAUGACGAUCUUCAGCGAUGAGGUGGUGCAGACUUUGAAGGCGGACUCGAAUUUCACUUCUUUUGCCGCGUACCGCUGCGGGAAGUCACCCCGUCCGAUGGCGCUCUUAUAA